GUGCAUGUGUUCACAUCACUGGAACAUUUUGUUAGAUUAUCUUGCCAGUAAUUUUGGAGUUGCAAAUUUAAACUAAUUGUCUUGUAAGCUCGUAACAUUUUAAUACUUCCGCUUUCGGUCUUCUAUAUCAAAAGGUUACAAGUAACGAGUGCUAUUCCACUAUGGCGGUCGGUGGUCGGAAAGUCCCAUCAUUUGCCGGGUCCCUUGAGCAAGGAUGUGAUUUUUUGUACGAUUACACCUGUUCGCCUUGUAUUUCCGACGGAAAAAAUAAAGAAGCGGUCAAAUUUUGCAUCGACUGUGGAGAAUAUUUAUGCGGAAAUUGUCUGAAUGACCACAAUCGAUUUGCGAAGAUGAAAUCUCACCGGCUUGUUGACCCAGCUAUGUAUGAUAGCAGAUUUGUAAGCCAGAAGGAUGUCAGUGUACCAGCCAUUACUAUUUGCUGCGAAAAGCAUCAUGGGAAAGUUUUAGAUAUGUUCUGUGGUGACCAUAAUGCUGUGUGUUGUGCUGCUUGUCUCGCAUUAGACCACAGCCUUUGCAAAGACAGAUUUUACAUACCUGAUAUAUCGAAGGACUUUCAGAAGACUGAAGAAUAUAAGCAGCAACAGAAGGAAAGUCAGAAAAUUUUAUCACAACUUGAAUCGAUCAAACAGAAAAGAAAGACGGACCUAGCAAUGUAUAGAACGCAGAAAGACGCCAUCUUUAAAGAAUUCAAACAUGUCAGAGACUAUAUCAUGAAACAAUUUGAUGAACUUGAAAAAAGUUCUGUCCAGCUCAUUGAAAAUAGAUUUCAACAAAAUGUUUCAAAUGUUACUGAUGAUAUUGGGAAAGUCGAUGAUGUAUAUGAGCUCGUGAAGAGUAGUGAUGAGAGACUGAAAACCGAAAAAGACGCAUCUGAAGUAUUUGUUCUCUCAAAGAUUGGAGAGAAACAUAAGUCUGAUGCAAAAGCAAUGGUGCAAAGAAUACUGGCGGCCAAAGCAUUACCAUUAGAUUUCAAAAUUUACCAGCAAGUAAUGAACUGUUUCGCUGGUGUCGAGGCAUUAGGGAUCUUUUAUACCAAAAACAGUAAUGUAUUUAGCGUUCAAGACAAAGAUGAAAAAUAUCGCUGCGAUGUAACAAGUGUUUGUCAACUAAACGAUGGUUGCCUUAUCAUAGUCGACGCUGCAAAUCUCAGCAUUAAAAGGCUUGGAUCUACGUACAUCGUUCUAGACAAGUGCAGACUACCGAGUCAUCCAUGGUCUGUCUGUACAUUCAACAACACCGAAAUCGCAGUUUCAUUGUGUAAUGAGAAAACUGUCCAAUUCUUAACCGUAAAAGGGAAAAUGCAGCUUUCAAGGUCUUUCAAGGUUAAGGAUACAUGUACAGGACUAGCUUCAUCUGACGAAACCUUGUAUGUUGGGCUGUUCAACAGAAAACAGAUUCAGUCCUACGAUGACAGUGGAUAUCCACUGAAAACAAUUGAUUUGGGUAUUAGUGUCCCGUGGAGUAUCGCCAUCUCAGCAGAUCAUGCCUUGCUUUACAUCGCUUCACAAAAGGACGGGGUAAUUUCAGUUGACACCAACACACAGAAGUCUGAAAAAUUACAUAUCCCUGAAGUCAAGUUUGCAAGCAGUAUUGCUCUAACAGAGAAUGGUGGCUUGUUGGUUUCUUGUAAAGAGAGCAACAAAAUCUUCCAUUACAUUAGCGGAAGAUGUAAAACCUUGUUCACUGAAACUGAUGGUAUCGACAGCCCACAAGCCUUGUUCUAUUACCAGCAACAGGAACUGAUUGUGGCUUCAAAGGAUACAGACGGCAUUGAAGUGUAUUCACAAGUAGACAAAUUACUGGUGUAACUUUAAGAUAUGCAGCCUGCCAUAUAACCUGAACUAAGACAUGAUAAUACAAAUGCAACGUCAUUAAGACUGGGCGGAUGCCGAGAUGAGACAAUGUUUGUAAAAAAGAAUGAAAAGCCUAUGUACACUGAUAUUUUAUUUUUUUAAUUUUUUUUUGACUGUUGUGCUUUUUCAAGACUCUGAUGACAUUUACGUAUCAGUUACAUUCAUGAAUGGACAGGAAAUGAAUGGCUUCAGUCUAAUCAUUGUGUCCAUUCGGAAACUGUUGUUGAGAUAUUGCUUUAUAUGUAACAGUUUAAUUUGUAUCAAUUGCUUAUGUAUUUGCACUUAACUGUAAGAAAUAAAUAUACGUGUAAGGUAAAAUGAAA